UGCACCUUUAAGUUGGUUUGCCAACCGCCAAUAAAAUUUAAAGAAGAAGAAGAAGAAGAAGAACACAUGCUCCAACAUUUCUCUGAACGCUGCAGAUUUGAUCAGGAUUGAGUGUUUAAUUUUAUAAACUGCUGGAAUGAAAGUUAAAGCGCUUUGUAGAAACUCGGACGAUUAUGUUCGAGAGACGACCAGAGAUAUACAGCGAGUGCCAAGCAAUUACGACCCGAACCUGCAUCCCUUUGAAGUGCCCAGAGAAUACACCAGGGCCCUAAAUGCCACUAAACUGGAGAGGGUGUUUGCCAAACCCUUUGUAGCUUCACUAGAUGGACACAGAGAUGGUAUCAGCUGCAUCAGCAAACACGCCAAAAGCCUUGUCAACAAUCAUCUCUGGUGCCUGCGAUGGGGAGGUGAAAGUGUGAAACCUUCCUAAGCGGGAGUGUUUGAGGACAGUUCAGGCUCAUGAAGGAUUUGUGCGAGGAAUUUGUU